UAAAAUAUCAAGUAGUGUAAAAAAAACAUUAGAAUUUUGCCGAGUGCAUGUGUUUUGUUAUAAAUUUAGUUAAGUAAUAGACAAUUAUUAGAAAUAAAAGCAUAAAAUCAUGAACCGGCUAGUGAAAUUUGCACAUACAACAAUAAAUCUUUCUUAUAAACACUGUAACAAACAUAUUUUAAGUCAAAGUAUUCGCAAUUUCAGAAGUCAACCAACAAUAUCCAAGCCCUUAUUAGAAUCUUUUGCUAUAAGAAAAACACCGGUUAGAAUAUGUCAUAGCCAGCAAGCUAAACCACAUGACAAGAUCGUGGGCAAGUGGUUAAUUACUUGUGGCGGUAUGGUUUAUUUAGCGGUGGUACUUGGAGGUGUAACAAGACUUACGGAGUCGGGUCUUUCCAUGGUUAGUUGGAAAUUGUUAGGUGAAAAAGUACCACGCAGCGAGUCUGAUUGGAAAGAGGAAUUCGCCAAAUAUCAAGAAUAUCCGGAAUACAAAAUGAAAAAUGCGAAUAUGACUUUGGAAGAAUUCAAGACAAUUUUCUGGAUGGAAUACAUACAUCGUAUGUGGGGUCGUGCUAUAGGAGCAGUAUUUUUGCUGCCGGCGGCUUAUUUCUGGAAAAAGAACUAUUUUAAUAGUGGCGCUAAGAAAUUUGUCCUAUUGAUGGGUACCUUAAUAGGUUGUCAAGGUUUAAUGGGCUGGUAUAUGGUAAAGUCGGGUCUUGAAAAUCGUUUCGAUGAUGUUAACGAUGUACCCCGUGUCUCACAACAUCGUUUGGCAAUGCAUUUGGGCGCUGCAUUUGUACUUUAUACUCUAUUCCUAUCACAGGGUCUAAAACGGCUCUUGCCAGCCGAGUCUUUUAGUUCUAUUUCAAGUCAAGCUUUACGUUUUAAGAGACUUGCCUACGCUGCCAAGGGCCUUAUAUUUUUAACAGCUUUUUCGGGUGCAUUUGUAGCCGGUUUAGAUGCCGGUUUAGUGUAUAACUCAUUUCCAAAAAUGGGUGAUAAAUGGAUACCAGAUGAUAUUUUAGCAUUAGAACCUGUAAACAAAAAUAUAACCGAAAAUCCCACAACGGUACAAUUCAAUCAUCGUCUAUUGGGCAUUUCCACUUUGACGUUAGUAACGGCCAUGUGGUUGUUAUCAAAGAAAACUAAGCUACCGGGCCGUGCUUAUUGGGCUAUAAAUGCUGCUGCCGCGGUAGGCUGGUUACAGGUUACCCUUGGCAUUACCACUCUCCUUCAUCACGUUCCGGUACCUUUGGCUGCAGCCCAUCAAUCUGGUUCACUGCUUUUGCUGUCAUUUGCUGUGUGGUUAAGUCAUGAGUUGAAAUUUUUGAAAUACAUACCAAAGUAAUGAAGAAAAUAAGGUAACAAUUUUAUAUAUUUAUUAAUUAAUUUAGUUUUGUGAUUUCACCAUUUCUUUAUUAUUUAUUAAAACAAAAUUAAAAAAGUUAUCAGAUAAUUAAAAUUUAACAUUAACGGAAAGGUACUUGAAAUCCAACAAUAUAUUGUAUAUAUAAAAAAAACAAAACAAAUAAACAAACGUAUGAA